UUAUAGGUACCAUCGAUGGUGCGCAAUUACGUUGGCAACAAAUACAUAGAUUGGGAUUAUAAGACUGAACCGGAACCAGCAGCUUGUCAGGGAUAUCCUGAAAAACGCUGUUUCUGGCCAAGGGGUAAAGUCCUUGGGGGAUGCAGCGUACAAAACGGAAUGAUUUAUAUGCGAGGAACGCCUAAAGAUUACGAUAAUUGGGCAGCCGCUGGUAACACUGGCUGGAGUUACAAGGAAGUCCUGCCGGUCUUUAAAAGUUUCGAGGACAAUAAAGAAAUAGGAACUUUGGUGGAAGCUGAGUAUCAUGGAACUGGAGGGCCAUUGACUACUACAAGAUUCAUCGAUCAACCUCCUUUAGCCUAUGACAUCUUAAAAGCAUCAUUGGAAAUUGGUUAUGAACAUAGUAAGGAUCUAAAUGGAUGGCAGUAUACAGGAUUUUCGAUCACGCAGUCAAACACUAGAAAUGGUGUUCGUCUAAGUACCGCCAGAGCAUACUUAAGACCACAAAGAUUUAACCGAAACCUCCAUGUAAUGUUAAACUCGACUGCAACUAAAAUAAUUUUAAAAACGCAAGGAACACAGAAAAUCGUGGAUAUUGUAGAAUUCGUCUAUAAAGGGACAACUCACAGGGUCAAAGUUAAUAAAGAAGUUGUUCUAGCAGCAGGAGCUGUUAAUUCACCUCAGAUUUUGCUGCUAUCUGGAAUUGGUCCUAAGCAAGAGCUUGAUAGAGUUGGAAUUACGCAAGUUCAUGAACUGCCAGGCGUUGGAAAAAAUCUAAAGAACCACGUUUCGUUUAGAGUUAAGUAUUUUUUGAAGAAAGAAAAGAACUAUGUAGAUUUGGAUUGGGCUGCAGCUCUAAACUACAUCGUUAAUAGAAAAGGACCAAUGACAUCCAUAGGAAUGUCCCAAGUAACUGGACGCAUAAACUCAAGAUACGCAGACCCAAGUGGCACCCACCCCGACCUUCAAAUAUAUUUCGACGGAUACACAGCAGAUUGUUCUAAAACUGGAGAAGCCAGGGCUUUAGAAGAUCCCGAAAAACCCGAUUUGCCCAAAAUUCUCGUAAUAUCCCCAAUUGCUCUUCAUCCAAAAAGUUUAGGUUAUGUAACGCUCAAGUCUAAAGAUCCAUUGAAAGCACCAGCUAUGGUUGCGAAUUAUUUGACAGAACCAGAAGAUUUGGCUGUUUUGAUAGACGGAAUGAGGGUUAUUCAGAGACUUAUGAAUACGACUGUGAUGAAGGAAAAAUACGGAGCUGAACCGCUAAAAGAGGAAUACGGGGACUGCAUUAAGAAAUUUGCGUAUGACUCUGAUAGUUUUUGGGGUUGCGCUAUAAAACAUAAAACUGGACCUGAAAACCACCAAUCUUGUUCAUUAAAAAUGGGCCCAUCAACCGAUCCAAUGGCAGUAGUAGACAGCAAACUGAUGGUCUACGGUAUCGAUGGCAUAAGAGUAUUGGAUGCCUCCUCUAUGCCAGAAUUGCUAUCAGGCAAUACCCACGCAACUAUUGUUAUGAUGGCUGAAAGAGGAGUAGAGUUUAUAAAAGAAAGAUGGGUGCCAGCCGUUAAUACGAUUGGUGAUAGAUUUGGAAAUCCUAAACCACUUGGACAGUAUCCUGCACAUACUUAUCCAAAACCGGUGCAACAUAAUUUUAAUAAAGGUGGUUCAUACCAUUACCAAGAAGAUAAACAUGGAGUAAAAUCAAGAUAAACCUAGAUAAUACUUUCAUAUUUUUACUGGUAAUUUUGUUUAUUCUAUUAAAAGGCAUUAUUUUUGAUUGAAUAUUUAUUUUAUGAAAAUGAAGAGAUGAAAUUUAGUUACUGAAAUGAACAGUUCGGAGUUCGAAGCAAAACCUAAUCUAUUUUGACACGACUGUGGUAUGGUUUUUGUUUUUCAAAACGACGACGAAAAGUUUUCAAAUUUGUAAAUAAAUACGAAAAUAAAAAAGUAUAAAAAAAA